CUGAAACUUGCUAAGGACGUUUUUUGAAGUGUUAUCAACUUUAAAACUCUGUAUGAGAAUACAUACUUUUUAAGGGUAGCAGUUUGGAAGCUUUACCAAUGGAAGUUUGUCUCUACGCUGCUCUGCUCAUGGUUUGGUGUUUGUUGGUGAAAUCUGAGCCCAUCUGUGAUCAGACAGAGUUCCUCCACCCUAACGGCACAUGUGUUUCAUGUCCUGUAUGUGGGCCUGGGGAACAGCUCUCAGAGGACUGUGGUUUCGGAGAUGGUGGUGAAGGUGUCUGUAUUCUGUGUGGACGAGGGAAGUUCAGUGCAGAAACAAGUGUAGCUCCCUGCAUGCGAUGCACCCAGUGUAAUCUGCUGAACCGCCUAGAAAGGUCGGGGUGCUCACCCAACCGUGAUGCCCGGUGUGGUCAGUGCUUCCCAGGGUAUUAUGAACUCAGGAGCAUGACUGGGGAGGUGGAGCUGCCCUGUGUGCCUUGUUACAACCAUGACACUGUCCAUAAAGAGUGUUUGUUUUUGACAGCUCAAGGCUCUAAAGGAGAAAGCGCCGUCACCGAGCCCAGGGGAAGUUUCAAAGAACCAGAAGAGAAGAGAGUAAAAGAAGAAACAUUUUCGAUGGUCCUGAUCGGUUCAGCAACAGCUUCCUCCAUUUUCCUUAUCGCUCUGCUGCUUUGGGCUUUCCUUCUGACUGCUGAGAGAUUCAAACAGGUCCCUGAGUACUGCCCUGCGCCUGAAGGAAUAUUGCCUACAGAUGACCUUCAGUACACACCUUUGCCCAGCCCCACAGAGACACCAGCCAAACAAUCAGAGGCCCUUUCACAGACACUUGUUCCAGCUCAAGAUUCCCUGAGAGGCCAUGAGAAUGAUGUGCAUCCUACUUCUAUUGUGAUUAAUGUCACCACCAACAUUAAGCCCUCCAGUCAGAAACAGGAGAACAUCACACAGGAACAACAGCAAAGCAGCUGUUAUUCAAUCGAAGAGAUGGAGCAAAAACUUCAGACAAUAUGGGAAAUGGCUCAAGGUCAGAGUAUCGAGAUGCUUGAUUAUGACUCAGUCCAGGACUUGUCCCUACUGCUUGACUCAGCUGACAACAGGAACAUUUUGCGCAGACUGGGGCGGUCUUUGGGUGUCCCGCCUCAGGUCAUCGCUCAUCUCCAAGGCUUCCAGGACCUCUUUCAGUACCUGCGUACCUCAACCUACACACUGCUACCCCAACUGGCCCAGGCUGCUGCACUCUUGCCUAAUCCUGAAGUUGUUGCUAGGAUACACAGAGCUGUGGUGAACAAGUGACCACUUAGACUGAAAGGAGGUGUUGCCAUGACUUCAACUGUUAUACAGUAUUUCUGACCCACUUUGCAUGACGUCACUCAGCAUGUGGGGACACACUGAAAUGAAUUGAUCGAGUUGAGUUAAUUAGAGAAAUACCUGUCUGUAAAGAACAUUUUGUUUCACUUACUUGUUCAUUGUUGUUUAUUUGUAUGGAUAUUUGCUUUAUACAGUAUUUAAAUAUUAUAUAUUAUCAAUUUUCAAUUUGAAUAAAUUAAAAAUAAGACAUUAUUUAUGCUUUGAGUGUUAAAUAACACAAUAUCCAGGUCAUUGCAACAGAACCCUACAUAUGGUGUUACUUCCUGUUUACCAUGUAAAAUAGAUGAGAGGCCCUCUGGCUAAAGCAUGUGAGACGGACCAGGACAGAGGAUGCAGUGUUCAUGACAAGAGAAAAAACAUAGAGCCCUGAGAAAAUAUUUUAUUCUCCCAUUUGGGGAGGUUUGCCUACUGACAAUUGUCUCCAGCUCUGCGGAUUCUUCAG